AUGGAUCGCAAUUGGAUGUACGGUUCAAGAACUACGAAUCAAUACAUUCUAGGGGUUGAGGAGUUCAUCGCAUGUGCAGUUGCGUAUCAGUUGAAGAAUGGUGACGAGUCAAUACUUUGCCCUUGUUCUAAUUGUGAUUGUUCUAGGAGGUUUCGUAAUGUUGAUCAGAUUAGGGAACAUUUAGUUCGUCGUGGCUUUAGGUUGAACUAUACAAGGUGGAUAUGGCAUGGUGAGAGUGUUAACCAUGGGGAGUGCAAUAUUAACUAUGGGCACUCAGGAAGCAACUUCGGAGGUGAUAAUGAUAUCCAUGAUGACGAUAAUGGUAGCGAUGAUAUGGAUAAUGAUGAGCUGGACUACGUUGAGGAUGAUGAGAUAAAUGAGAUGAUGCAGGAUGUAGAAGACUAUCUCAAUGAUCAACCUAGUAUGUAUGAGACUUUAUCGAGUGCCGCGAGUAAGCCAUUGUAUCCUGGUUGCUCUAAGUACAGCAUCUUAUCUGCUAUGUUGAAGCUGUAUAAUAAGAAAGCAAAAUACAACUGGUGUGAUCAGAGUUUCACUUAUCUAUUGGAAGAUUUGAAAGAUAUGUUUCCGGAAGGGAAUGAAAUUCCGAUAUCUAACUAUCGAGCAAAAAAGAUGCUUUGUCCUAUGGGUAUUGAGUACCAAAAGAUACAUGCAUGUCCGAAUGAUUGUAUAUUGUAUCGGAAAGAGUAUCAAGAUCUCCACAAGUGUCCAAGAUGUGGGUUAUCGCGCUACAAGCGGAAGAAAGUGGAUGGUACACCAGAUGAGAAAGGACCUCCGGCAAAGGUGUUGUGGUAUCUUCCGAUAAUACCAAGAUUUAAACGUUUGUUUGCGAAUAAGAAGGAAGCAAAGAAUUUAAGGUGGCACGAAGAAGGGAGAAAGAAAGAUGAAUAUCUUAGACAUCCCGCCGAUUCUCCACAAUGGAAGAAUUUUGAUGAGAAGUUCGAUGAUUUCGGUAAGGAAAUGAGAAAUUUAAGGCUCGGUCUUUGCACGGAUGGAAUGAACCCUUUUGGCACACUUAGUACUCAACACAGCACUUGGCCGGUUCUUUUAUCCAUAUAUAACCUCCCUCCUUGGCUUUGUAUGAAGCGAAAAUACAUCAUGUUGUCCCUUUUGAUAUCAGGGCCAAAACAGCCGGGAAAUGAUAUUGAUGUUUACUUAGCACCACUUAUUGAUGAUUUGAAAGUGCUAUGGAAUGAAGGUGUUCCCGUGUUUGACUCUUACACUGAAACAAACUUUACUUUGCGUGCUAUGAUAUUUUGUACUGUGAAUGACUUUCCGGCAUACGGAAACUUAUCGGGUUAUAUUAACAAGGGAGCAAAAGCAUGUCCGAUUUGUGAAGAUGAUAUGGUGGGAGAGUACUUAGAACAUUGUAAGAAGAACAUAUACUGGCAUACUCGUAGGUUGUUACCUCUUGAUCACCCUUAUCGAAAGAAGAAAAAACCGUUCAAUGGGAAAACAGAGGUUCGAGUUGCCCGUCCUCCUCUUACUGGAAGCGAGGUGUACGAGCGGGUCAAAGAUAUCAACACAGUCUAUGGAAAGCCUUACAAGGCUGUAAAAGGAGCCCUUUAUAAGAAGAAGUCCCCGUUUUGGGAUCUCCCGUAUUGGAGGCAUUUAGAGGUCAGGCACUGUCUCGAUUUUAUGCACGUUGAAAAAAAUGUUUUUGAAAGUAUUAUUGGGACAUUGCUUAAUAUAACGGGAAAGACAAAGGAUGGUGAAAAUGUUAGGAAAGACAUGCAAAAAUUGAAGAUCCGUCCAGAGCUGGCGCCUGAAGAUAAGGAAAAAGGAAAAUAUCUUCCUCCAGCAUGCUACACUAUGUCUAAGAAUGAGAAAAUAAGUUUUUUUGAGUGUUUGCGUGGCAUAAAGGUUCCAUCUGGAUACUCGUCCAACAUAAAAAGACUCGUGUCCAAGAACGAAUUGAAAAUGGUGGGUAUGAAGUCUCAUGAUUGCCACGUUAUGAUGCAACAAUUUCUUCCAAUUGCGAUCCGAGGGAUAUUGCCAAAGCACGUGAGGAAUGCCAUUACGAGGCUUUGUUUCUUUUUCAAUGCUAUAUGUAGUAAGGAGAUUGAUCCUUCGACUUUGGAUGAUCUGCAAUCAGAAGUUAUCGUCACAUUGUGUCAGUUUGAAAUGUAUUUUCCACCUUCAUUCUUUGAUAUCAUGGUACAUGUGGUCGUGCAUCUCGUUCGAGAAAUCAAGAUUUGUGGUCCAGUGUGGGCGAGGAACAUGUAUCCGUUUGAGAGACAUUUGGGCACUUUACAAGAUAAAGUCCGGAAUCGAUACUAUCCCGAAGGUAGUAUUAUUGAAGGCACAAUUGCUGAAGAGAUUAUGGGGUUUGUUGCUCAAUACCUAGCAGGGCUAGAACCGGUUGGACUUUCGAAGUCUCGCCACGAAGAGAGGCUAGAAGGUCAUGGUAUAAUUGGCCAUAAAAGGAUCGUGGUGGAUCGUAAGAUGAAGGCUAAGGCUCAUUUGUACGUACUACAACAUCUUUCUAAGGUUCAACCCUAUAUAGAUGAUCACAUGGCUUAUUUGAAGGAGAAGAAUCCUUUGAAAGAUGAUCAGUGGUUAGCUAAGGAGCACAAUGACACUUUUAUAGCAUGGUUCCAAGUCAAGGUUAUGUCUCAACGCACUAAAACUCCAAAAGUAGUUUGUGAAAUGAUUAAGUGGCUUGCAUAUGGUCCUGAGCUUCUAGUUGACUCAUAUGAAGGUUAUGAUAUCAAUGGGUAUACAUUCUAUACGGAGCGCCAAGAUGCCAAGUCUGUUAAUCAAAAUAGUGGUGUAAGUGUGGUUGCAUCAUCAAUAGAGUACGCUAAUGCUAAAGAUACUAGCCCUCUAGAAGUAACUAUGCCAUACUACGGGGUGAUUGAAGAUAUUUGGGAGCUUGACUACACCAAAUUUAGAAUCCCUCUAUUUCGAUGCAAGUGGGUUGACAAUGGGCGUGGUGUGCGAAGAGUUGAGGAUGGAUAUACACAAGUUGAUUUUAAGCGUUUGGGUCAUCAAAAUGAGCCUUUCAUCAUGGCAUCACAAGUUAAGCAAGUAUUUUACAUUGUUGACCCCAAAGAUAAAAAAAAAUCUAUUGUUGUUCAAGGAAAGAGAAGAAUUCUUGGUAUUGGUGAUGUGGAGGACGAAGAAGAGUAUGAUCAAUUUGAUGAGGACCCGCCGUUAUCAAAUGGCUUACCUAAGUCAAACGGGGAAGAUGCAUUUGAUGCAAAUUAUAUGCGUUCUGAUCAUUGUGAAGGCUUAUGGGUUGAAAAAUCCAAAUGA